AUGGCCUUUCAAAAGACUCUUGCUCGCCUUGCCGAUUCAUUUUCAGAGCACUGCCGAGAUUUCACGUUAAGUCGCGCCUCAGAAAAUGGCCAAGAGGGAAACGGGGACCAUCAUUGCGCAUCUGUUCCUGAUACCCGUGUCCUAGUCGACGUACAGAAUACUCUAUGCCAAUCGGCCCAGUGGCUAAUGAAUGGUGGCUUUUUCCUGUCUCAGGUUACCGGCCUUUCCGAGUUGCUACUUACCAUUGACCGUGGCGUUCGCGCCAUAGUCAAGCCACCAAAAAUGCUCGUGUCAUUCCUUAGUAGCUCACGCCGCUCUACCACGACAUCGGCAUCGCAUGUCAGCUGGCACGGUCACUCAUCAUGUGCUCGACCAAUGAAAAGGACAUACGAAGCCCAUAUUAGCCGCCACCCAGUCACGGGAAAUAAGAUGAUUAACCAAUACGAGAUUCUCAGUGAACUGGGAAGUGGUCAACAUGGCAAAGUCAAGCUGGCUUACGAUACGAAAAGGGACCAAAAAGUUGCAAUUAAAAUCAUAAAGAGACAAAUCAAAUCCUACCAUCUGUCCAACUUUAGCAAGUGCAAGGCCGAUCCUCUUACGGAAGUUGCGGUUCUUGAAGAAGUGCAGCAUCCGAAUGUGGUCACUUUCUUUGAAUUUAUCGAUGAUCCUGCCUACCAGAAAGUCUUCAUUGUCCUGGAGUAUCUGGAAAACCGUAGUAUCAUCUGGCGAAAGAAGGGCUUGCCAGAAAUAUUGUGCAUUGAGCGGAUGCGUUGGGCAAUUGAGAAAGCCGGAAGAGCGAUUGAUCUGUCGAAUUUCAUUGGGCAGGGACGAAAACUCCUUCGGGCUGCGCAAGAUCGGCGGCGACAUUGUUCACUGACAACUGAGUUGAUUGAAAGCGGUGACGAGAUCGAUAUGUCAACCCCUUUCUUUUGCUUGGAAAAUGGCGUCGUGGGUUCAUUUGACGAAGAACCCCGAUUCGUAUCCAACAUUUCAGGCCCCCUAAGCCUUCCUUUUGCUCUAGGAGACGGAAGUGAUGCUAAGAGUACAGUUUCCACUCCAGAAUCCGUACAUGAUAUUGUGCAUCCCGGUUGCGUGGACGACCUCUGUGCGGAUUUCACAUUCGAACAAUGUUCCACCAAAGAUUUUGGACAUGUCUUCUUUGAUGAUGGGUGCUUUUCAGAUAUCGAUGAGAUAUCAUAUGUCCCUUGUCUGACUUUAGCCGAAGUCCGGUGCGCUUUUUCGGAUCUGGUAGAGGGAUUGGAAUACCUCCACUCCCGAGGAAUCAUUCACCGUGAUCUUAAGCCCGAAAAUAUUUUAGUCACCGGCAAUGGUCAACAUAAGAUCUCCGACUUCAGUGUUGCUUUUAUGAAGCGAUCCAAAUAUCAUUUGGAACAAGCUCCGAACAUCACCGAUGAGAUACGAUUUAGUGGCGUCAAUGGGGUAGCUGAGACAGUUGGGACCCCUGCAUUCAUGGCACCCGAGCUGUGCUACACCGAUGAUGAUUUCGUGGACACUAUUGGGUCUGUGCCUGAGAUUACUGAUAAGAUUGACGUAUGGUCUCUGGGCGUUACGUUAUACGGACUCAUCUUUGGUCGACUACCGUUCAUCUCGGGAAAUGAGUACAGCCUAUUCCGCAAAAUAGUCUAUGAGGAAGUUUUCAUUCCUAGGAAACGACUUGUUUCGGUCGAACAUAGACAUUCUAGCGACUCGAAAAUGAAUACCAGGAGUGUCGAGGACCUCUCCUAUGAGGACAUAGAUGAGGAUCUCUUCGAUCUGCUCCAACAUUUGUUGAGAAAAAACCCAAAUGAACGAAUAAUUCUGAAAGAGGUGAAGUCUCACCCAUGGCUUCACCGAAGACUUUAA